UCCGCCUGGUUUUCAGCGCGGUGGAUGCCAUUGGCAACGAUCGGAGCAGAUCCGAAUCGCACCCUGGAUCCGAAUCGCAUUCCCAUCGUCGUUGCAAGCGGUGCAAGAGAGAAAGAAAGGAAAAAAAGAUACAAGUCAUCUUGGCACACGAGCAAACUCGAAAUGGUUCUGUACAUUGUUGGACUGGGGGCUGGAGGCGUCAAGUCGUGCGACCGGGUGUAUCUGGAGGCAUACACUUCGAUCCUGAUGGUCGGCAAGGAGAAGCUGGAGGCGCUCUAUGGGAAGGAAAUCAUUGUCGCCGACCGAGAGACGGUCGAAUCCGAAGCCGACUCGAUCCUGGCCAAUGCCGAUAAGAUCAACGUCGCCUUUUUGGUCGUUGGCGAUCCAUACGGCGCCACCACCCACAUCGACCUCGUCAUCCGGGCCAAGGAGCUGUCCAUUCCCGUAGUCUCGAUCCACAACGCCUCCAUCAUGAAUGCCAUCGGCUCGUGCGGACUGCAGCUGUACAACUAUGGCCAGGCCGUGUCGAUUGUCUUCUUCACCGAGACUUGGAGACCCGAUAGCUUCUACGACAAGAUCAAGCAGAACCGGGCCAUCAACCUGCACACCCUGUGUUUGCUCGAUAUCAAGGUGAAGGAGCAGAGCAUCGAAAACAUGGCCAGGGGCAGAAAGAUCUAUGAGCCUCCACGCUACAUGACCGUCAACCAGGCUGUCGAGCAGCUGCUCGAAGUCGAGGAGCGCCGGGGCGAGAAUGUGUACGGACCCAACACCAUCGCCGUGGGCAUGGCCCGCGUCGGUGCAAACGACCAGAAGAUCAUCUCGGGCACCCUGGCCGAGCUGAAGGAGUGCGACUUUGGCGGCCCGCUGCACUCGCUGAUCAUCGCGGGACAGAUGCACUUUUUGGAGGCCGAUCUGGUCAAGUCGUUCGCGGUCAACCCGGAGAGCUUUCAGAAGCACGCGGAUGUCUCGGACCACUAGACGCUGAUGCGAAAGCCGGUGCGCCAUGAACCUGCGCCCAGAGUCAAUACAUGAGAUUUGGCGCAAUCGGCAGUGCAGAAGGCUGGCCGACCCAAGGAAACGGGGCGGGGCAGCAAGCGUGUUGACGCACAGCGGUAUCAAACCAAAACAGUGGUCGGCUGCGGG